AUGGAUAAUUUCACGGAGAGUGGGUUUCUUCUCAUGGGUUUUUCAGAUACGCCUGAGACAGAAAUCUUCUAUGCUUGUCUGUUCUUAGUUCUGUACGUGUUGGCGUUAGCUGGCAACGUGCUCAUCAUCACCACCACGUCCCUGGAUGACAGUCUCCAGUCCCCCAUGUAUUUCUUCCUGAAGCAUCUCUCCUUGCUGGAUCUCUGCUACAUUUCAGUGACUGUGCCGAGAUUCAUUUACAACUCUUUCACUCAUAGUGGAAAUAUUUCCCUCUGGGAAUGCAUCAUGCAGUGCUUUGCUUUGGUUACCUGUAGUUCUGCCGAGAUGGCCAUGCUCACGGUGAUGUCCUAUGAUCGCUACGUGGCCAUCUGCCUUCCCCUGCGCUAUGAAAUCAUCAUGGACAUCAGAACCUGUGUCCAUGGAGUCACGGGCGUCUGGGGCAGUGGGACCCUGUCUGGAGUCAUGCAUACGGCAGCUACUUUCUCCAUCCACUUCUGUGGUCCCCGAAUCAUUCACCAGUUCUUCUGUGACAUCCCCCAGCUCCUGAAACUCUCCUGCUCUACUGAGUUUAUGAGUGAGUUAGAUGUCACUCUCUUUACAACCUUGCUGGCACUUCUUUGUUUCCUGUUUAUUGGGUUCUCCUACGUGCACAUAUUCUCUUCUGUGCUGAGGAUGCCAUCUGCGGAGGGCAGAGCCAAGGCCUUUUCCACUUGCCUCCCCCACCUCGUUGUUGUCAUAUUGUUCCUUUCUACAGGUACUUUCGAGUAUUUCAAGCCUCAUUCUAACUCUCCAAGUGCUUUGGACAUGUUGCUCACUAUUAUGUAUUCAGUAGUUCCCCCAGCAUUGAAUCCAGUGAUCUAUAGCCUAAGAAAUAGAACCAUCAAGUUAGCUCUGAGAAAGGUGUUUCAAAGAAGGAAGGAAGCACUUACUUCCAUUCACUUACUAUUGCGUGAAAAGUUCAACAUAUAA